GUUGGUGUUUUCCAGAUGGGACACCCUGGAAUGCCGCACUACCCCCCCAUGGGGAUGCACCCCAUGGGACAGAGACCCCCCAACAUGCCCCCAGUUCCCCACGGGAUGAUGCCUCAGAUGAUGCCCCCCAUGGGAGGACCCCCAAUGGGGCAGAUGCCUGGAAUGAUGCAGUCAGUGAUGCCUGGAAUGAUGAUGUCCCACAUGUCCCAGGCUGCCAUGCAGCCCACGGUUCCUCCGGGAGUGAACAGCAUGGACGCACAAGUAGGUGUGACCCCUCCUGGAACUCAGACGACGCAUCCCGUGGUCUCCACAGUCCAGUUAAUUGGUUUGGAAUUUUCCCAGAAAUCCACGUGGACGGAGCACAAAUCCCCGGAUGGAAGAACUUAUUACUACAACACCGAGACCAAGCAGUCCACGUGGGAGAAGCCAGACGACCUCAAAACCCCUGCUGAGCAAUUGUUAUCCAAGUGUCCCUGGAAGGAAUAUAAAUCAGAUUCUGGGAAGCCUUAUUAUUACAAUUCCCAAACAAAGGAAUCCCGCUGGGCAAAACCCAAAGAGCUGGAGGAUCUUGAAGCAAUGAUUAAAGCUGAAGAAAACAGCACGAAGCCGGAGGACGCCGCCGCCGCCGCCUCAGCUCCGGCCGCNUGGCAGGGUGCUUCUGCAAAGAAGGAGGAUGAGGAGGCCCAACCAGUUAAAAAAACCUACACGUGGAACACAAAGGAAGAGGCCAAACAAGCAUUUAAAGAACUGCUAAAAGAAAAGCGGGUUCCAUCCAAUGCUUCCUGGGAGCAAGCCAUGAAAAUGAUCAUCAAUGACCCCAGAUACAGUGCUUUGGCAAAACUGAGUGAGAAGAAGCAAGCCUUUAACGCCUACAAAGUUCAGACAGAGAAGGAGGAGAAGGAAGAAGCCAGAUCCAAGUACAAGGAAGCCAAGGAAUCCUUCCAGCGCUUCCUGGAAAACCACGAGAAGAUGACAUCCACCACCAGAUACAAGAAAGCUGAACAAAUGUUUGGGGAGAUGGAAGUGUGGAACGCCAUAUCCGAGCGGGACCGGCUGGAGAUUUAUGAGGAUGUUUUGUUCUUCCUGUCCAAGAAGGAGAAGGAACAAGCCAAGCAGCUGCGGAAGAGGAACUGGGAAGCUCUGAAGAACAUUCUGGAUAACAUGGCCAACGUCACCUACUGCACCACCUGGUCAGAGGCGCAGCAGUACCUCAUGGACAACCCCACCUUCGCCGAGGAUGAGGAGCUCCAGAACAUGGAUAAGGAGGACGCCCUGAUCUGUUUCGAGGAACAUAUCAGAGCCCUGGAAAAAGAGGAGGAGGAAGAGAAGCAGAAAAGUUUGCUGAGGGAAAGGAGGAGGCAACGUAAAAACAGGGAAUCUUUCCAGCUGUUUCUGGACGAGCUGCACGAGCACGGGCAGUUACAUUCCAUGUCCUCCUGGAUGGAAUUGUACCCGGCCAUCAGCUCCGACAUCCGCUUCACCAGCAUGCUCGGCCAGCCCGGAUCAACAGCGCUGGACCUGUUCAAGUUCUACGUGGAGGAUUUGAAAGCUCGUUACCACGAUGAGAAAAAGAUAAUUAAAGACAUCUUAAAGGAUAAAGGAUUUGUGGUGGAAGUGAACACUUCCUUUGAGGAUUUUGUCACCGUCAUCAGCUCCACUAAAAGAGCCACCACGUUGGAUGCAGGGAAUAUCAAACUGGCUUUCAACAGUCUGCUGGAGAAGGCGGAAGCGCGGGAACGGGAGCGGGAAAAGGAGGAAGCGCGGAAGAUGAAGAGGAAGGAAUCGGCCUUCAAGAGCAUGUUGAAACAAGCCACCCCUCCCAUCGAGCUGGAUGCUGUCUGGGAGGAUAUCCGAGACAGAUUUGUGAAGGAGCCGGCAUUUGAAGACAUCACCCUGGAAUCUGAAAGGAAAAGGAUAUUUAAGGAUUUCCUUCAUGUCCUUGAGCACGAGUGUCAACACCACCACUCCAAGACCAAGAAACAUUCGAAGAAAUCCAAAAAACAUCACCGGAAGCGCUCCCGUUCCCGCUCCGGCUCAGAGUCCGAGGAUGACGACAGCCACUCCAAGAAGAAGCGGCAGCGCUCGGAAUCGCGGUCGGUGUCGGAGCGUUCUUCCAGCGCCGAGUCCGAGAGGAGUUACAAGAAGUCCAAAAAACACAAGAAGAAGAGCAAGAAGAGGAGGCACAAGUCUGAUUCACCAGAAUCCGAUGUGGAACGAGAGAAGGACAAGAAAGAAAGAGAGAGGGAUAGUGAGAAGGAAAGAGCCAGACAGAGAUCUGAGUCCAAGCAUAAAUCUCCCACUAAAAAACGGCCUGGAAAAGAUUCCGGAAACUGGGAUACCUCUGGCAGCGAGCUCAGCGAGGGGGAGCUGGAAAAACAGAGGAGGACUCUUUUGGAACAGCUGGAUGAAGAUCAGUGAGAAGAUCCUUGAUACCAAAAAUGUUUACAGGUGGCAAAAUAAAACCAAGCCUUGUGUGGGCGAGGCCCUGGGGCCGGUGGCCGGUGGCCCACGGCCACAACAACGGUGGCUUUUA